AUGGACUUAUUACCUGUACACUUCCGCACGUUUCAGUUCUUCGGCCUCUGGUACAAUGACCCGUGUAGCUACCGUCUCAUCAAGCUAGUCCACAGAUCACUGAUUGUGCUGCUGAUAGUCCACCUCAGUCUCUUUCAGAUGAUCGCGUUGUUCUCCGCGAAGCGCAACGUCGACGAGUACACCAACACCCUUUUUCUCGCCCUCACUUACUUCGUUCACAUCUACAAGACGCUCGUCUUCAUGGCCAAGAACCGGAGCGUCAACGAGAUGCUGGAUGAGUUUCGCUCGGAUAUUUGUCGAACGCGAGGACCAGAGGAAGAACAUAUUUUAGCCAAACAUGUACAGAGAGCCAACUGGGCGUAUAGUGGAAGAAUGAUUUUGACUCUGUUCGCUGGAUCGAUACGCGUCGUUUUGCCCAUCUUGAUCGGAUUUUCCACGGGAAAGCUCGAGCUGCUGCCGUUCGACACGUACUUUUUCAACGUCAAACAUUUGGUGCAGUAUGCUCUGGUGUACGUUCUGCAGACCCUCGCGAUAAUCACGGUUAUCGUCACCGACGUUUGCCUGGACUCGACGCCCUGCGCCUGCAUGAUACUGGCCUGCGCACAGCUGGAAAUUUGUCGUCACAGAAUUAAGCAUGAUAAUAUGGUUCUGUACGAGAAUAGCGAAGAUGGGCCUGGAAGAGGAUUUAAUGAGGAAAUGGCAUUGAAAGAAUACGUGAAACAUUAUGUUUUGAUACAGGAGGCUGUUCAUCGAAUACAGUCGGUUUUUAUAGCGAUCGUUUUGCCGAUUUUCUCCUCAGCUUUGUUGACGCUUUGCACUAGUAUAUUUCAACUUGCUCAGAAAAAUCAUACGACUGGCGAAUAUUGUUUCAUCAUAUUAUAUCUUUGUUGUUUACUGGUUCAAACUUUUUCUCUUUGUUGGUUUGGAAAUGAAUUACAAUCGAAGGGCGAAAUCGUGACUAGUGCAGUAUACGAAACUGACUGGACAGUAUUGAAACCAUGUUUAAAAAAGAGUUAUCGGUAUUUAAUGUUCAUGGGCCAAAAUAAAUUUAUUAUAUCUUUUCAUGGUCAAUGUACUUUAACUUUGCAAACGUUUAUUUGGAUGAUAAAAACUUCGUAUGGUGCUUUUAAUCUAUUGAAGCAAGUUGCAGAUACGUAG